CGGUUAGUCAAAAGAUACUAUUAAAUACCAGCCGGCCUGACGGAAGCAAUUAUUUUUGUAGCCUACCUGCUAGCUCGAAACGAGUUUGAUUGUUGAAGGAGUCAGGAUUGACGCAGGAUUAUCGUAUUGUAGCAGCUGCCAGAUAGUAUUCUUAUGAGAGCUCUCUGAGUAUUCUGUGAUCUCCAGUCAUGGCUAGUCCAGAUGAUUUAAAGUUUCAGGAGUUUGAGGAAGCCGCAGAUCUCCUGUCUUCAAAUCCUGGAGCCUCAACCCUCAGCAUCUCCAGCCCCGGCGCCGCAGCCUCCCCCGGAGAUGUCAGAGUGGAUCUGUCAGACGAUGAAGACAAUCAGCAAGAGAGUUCAGAGUUGCUUGGAGGUGAAAAACAAACUGGUGGUUUUUGGACGUUUGAGUACUAUCAGUCAUUCUUCAAUGUAGAUACAACGCAGGUGCUGGAUAGGAUAAAGGGCUCAGUCAUGCCUUUGCCAGGACGGAAUUUCGUCAAACACCACAUUCGAAACAACCCUGAUCUCUAUGGUCCUUUCUGGAUCUGUGUGACUCUAGUGUUCUCAGUGGCCAUCAGCGGAGACCUCUACACAUUUCUGAUUAAUAAGGGAGACCCAGAGUUUCACUACAGACCGCAGUUCAACAAAGUCUCGAUUGCAGCCGUCACCGUGUUCCUCUACGCUUGGCUGGUGCCUCUAGGACUCUGGGGCUUCCUAACGUGGCGUCAAAGCGUUGAGAGACAAAUCAGCGGUUACACGUUCUUAGAGACCGUGUGUGUCUAUGGUUAUUCUCUGUUCAUUUAUAUCCCUACCUCGAUAUUAUGGACCAUUCCCGUCUACUGGAUCGAGUGGCUAUUGAUUGUCAUCGCCAUGGUGAUCUCGGGCUCAGUGUUGGUCAUGACAUUCUGGCCGGCCGUUCGCGAUGACACGAGACUAACAGCAUUCGCUACCAUGGCUGUAAUAGUGGCACUUCAUGCCCUUCUGGCUGUUGGCUUUAAGCUCUACUUCUUCAAAACGCCAACACACACAGGAUCAUCGCACCCGGGACAACACACCACCCCAGCCGCAAAUCACACGACGCUUGCUGUGGGCAAGCCCUCAGCGACCAACUGAACGGGAACCUACGAGUCUUUAUAUUCAAAGGACACGAAAGGCGUGUAGGAAUUAUGAUAAAUGAGCAAAGAAGGAGUUCAGAUUAGUGCGCCGAUGCUUCAUGCACACAAGCAUUCCCAGCAAACACGCUGAAAAAGUGUUUCCAGUUUGUAACUUAUCCAGCAGAUAACCUCCCUCAGAUCACAAGGACUUUAGUUUCUAAUGCUUUUCUUUAAUAUGAAAAGUGACCUGAUAUUUUUAGUGUUAUGGUCACUUUUUUUGUUUGUUUCUUUAAAUGAAAAUAGAGUAAUUUAUAAAGAGUGAUCUUGUAUUACUGUGAACUGAUUUGAGGUUUGCCUUAUAACCCCUGACUGCUUUCUUUCCUUUUAGGCUACUUUUUCUCAUUCUGUACGUUGAGAGGAAGUGCCUGUAUCAAGUAUUUAAUGUUGCUUUCCUGGACAGUUUUCUGCUCGACACUGUGGAUUAAAAUCAUUUUUGUCAGGGACAAA